CACACACCCCAACACUCUGCUGCUUUAAACCAGACACAAUUGAAGAGUUAUCAAGUUGUUGUUGAUGUUGUUCUUGGUACUGUAUUUAUUUUAGCACUCCCUCUAAGUCUGUUCUUUGUUUUGACAUGAAGUACAAAAUGGUAGCAUAACAGGGUAGCAGGAUAAUCCAAUGUCACAAUGGCGAGCUGUAACAUAGUCAGUGAUACAUCAUUGUCAUGCCACAACAACUCGUCGUGCUCAAGGAAUGCUGUUAGUCUGGUGUUAAGCUCAUCAAAGUAUGCAAACUACUACCAUGUCACAAAUUCACUAUUUACACUUGGUAUCUAAACUUCCAUGCAGACUGAUAUCUAAGAUUAAAAAGCCAACAUUUACAGUAAAGUUUACAACAACAGCAUUUGUGGUGUGGCUUGUGGUCACAUUAUGGGUAGGCCUACUUAAAUUUACCUAAUGCUUUAGUCACAGUACCAUUAGUGUUUUUUGUCAAUAUGUCAUCUCUGACAGAGCAGGUGGAUCUUUUGUGUAUCCUUUUAGGUGAUAGCAGGUGUCUGAUGCGUAAACAGAGGAGGAGAGGAGCAACAGGUGGAAGGAGGGAGAGGGGAGGAAGGAUAAGUGGGAUGGGUGGAGUGAGGGAUGUAUUUAAGACGUCCUCCUCAUCCUCCUCAUCAGUCGCUCCUGCCUUCUCUCUCUGCACCUGACCUGCAGGCCAUCAAUCGUCCUCCACUCAGAAUGUCUUUACCCAACUCAGAGAACGCCUCCACCCUGGAGAACGCCAUGCAGCUCAUGAUCCAGACCUUCCAUAAGUACUCUGGAAACGAGGGAGACAAAUAUACACUGAGCAGGGCUGAGCUCAAAGAGAUGCUAACCACUGAGCUCGGCAACUACUUGGGGAAUGCCCAGGAUAAGGAGGCAGUUGAUAAGGUCAUGGGAGACCUGGAUUCCAACAACGACGGGGAGGUAGAUUUCACUGAGUUCAUCAUACUGGUCGGAGCUCUUACUGUGGCCUGUAACGACUUCUUCCUGGAGUACAACGACAAGCCAGAGAAGAAAAAGUGAACAUACCCUCUGCACAAAGAUGUCUCUGCAGACCCAUACUGUCCAGGGAGGGAACAGUUCAGACAGGAGAGAAGGACAUCCUGUCAUGGGCUUCACAUUCACAAAUACACACACACACACUCACACACACAUCUAGUCACCUGAGCGGUAAAUGUUGGGUGUUUGUGAAUUUGUCUGCAAUGUUCAAAUAAUCUAUUACUAGCUGUAUGUAUUGUAAUGUGAAAUUCUGGAGAGUUUAAGUCAGUUUCAACACCUGUGCUAUGCUAGGUUGCUUUUUUCUUUUCAUGUAUUUUGUAACACAUUCAAGCAAAUUAAUUUCUCCCUGGAAAGAAUAAAUGUGACCUAUACUUAAA